AUGACGAUAGCAUUUCAUUUCGAUGAACUCGGUGAGCAUCAUGGAACUGUUGAGGUACUGGGUGAUACUACACAGCGCAAGCCCGUCUAUGUCGGUGCUUUACUACCCACUGAGAGGGAUCAAAUUUACGAUAUGCUGCCUACCGUACAAGCUGCUGUAGAUCAUGUCAAUGAGUUAGAUGGACUACUGGACGAUUAUGAAUUGAGGAUAAGAUGGAAUUUGACAGAGAGGGACCCAGCAAAUGCUUUACGGAUUGUAAACCAUUUCGUCAAUGAAGGCCCGCCCGUGUCCAUGGUAUGGGGUCCGGUCUUCUCGAAUGUUGCCGUGGUCGUCAAUGAAGUUAUUCCAAGAUAUAACGUUAUUCAGGUAGUGACUGCUUCAUCUACAACUCUUCAGGAUCGAACUCGUUAUCCUCUAACGAUCCAAGUUGGUGCAAUAGAUGACGAGUUUACAGUCCCAUCCAAAGUGGCCUUCCUUAAACUGAUGGGAUGGACAAAGGUUGCUCUUAUCUUUCAAGAUAAUCAAUAUUUCAGACAGAAUAUCAAGAACCUUGCAGGUGCCUUGGAAGACAAUGACGUCACCAUCUUGACGACAGAGACGGUAAAGGACUUGAAUAACCUCGAUGAGCAGAUACAGAGUCUGAAGAGACAUGAUGCUCGAAUUAUAUUUGCAGGAUUUUACAGUCCCCAAUGUGUGGAGUUUAUGUGUAAGGUUUCUAGAGCCAAUCUUACUGGUGCUAAGCACGUGUGGAUUAUACCCGGUUGGUACCCGGCGGGUUGGUGGAAAAAUCGAACCGCUUCAACAUGUUCAGAUGAAGAGAUAACUAAAGCCCUGGAGUUUCAUUUUGAAUUUAGCUGGGACCUUGCAGUGAAAAAUGCUUCACUAAUUGACUUCAAUGGUGUGAAACCAAAGCCGGAUCAUUUAGACUUUCUUACGGGACAAAUAAACAACAAGAAAAACAACGCUCACAUCAAAGCCUACGAUGGCAUGAUAACGAUAGCUAUGGCUCUCAAUGCAUCAAUACAAGAACUGAUAAAGCUUAAUCCUCCCAGAGGACUGGACGAGUUUACUUAUGACGAUUGCAACAUGACACGAAUUCUCUGGCAGAAUACUUUGAUGACAGACUUUGUUGGUCUGACUGGACAAGUUUCUUUCGACGAUGACCUUGAACGUAACGUGUCGUCAUACAUAUCACAGUUCCAAGGAGACGGUUUCGUGAGGGUUGCUCAAUAUUUUCCUGAAGGAAUUCAUCUCGUACCGGACAUGCCUAUAACAUGGAAAGGAUCAUAUAGGCCAGUUGAUGGUGAGCAUGAAACGGAAAUACGAGUUCGAGUGUCUGAUGUCUUGAAGAUUGUGAUUGUUACUCUUACAAGUUUUGGAGUCUUGAUUGCUUUGAUAUGUCUAGUUAUCAACAUCACUCUGCGAAAACAAAGAGCCAUCAAGAUAUCGAGUCCUCAAAUCAACAAUCUGAUUGUUUGUGGAUGUCUCCUUCUUUACUCCUCUGUCUUCGUCUCUGGAAUGGACACCACUGGAUUAAAUGAAACUGGAUUCAUCAUCAUGUGCAAUGUGCAAAUCUGGCUCAUCUGUGUGGGAUUUUCCCUUUCGUUUGGGUCACUGCUGGUCAAGACAUAUCGUAUCUUUGCUAUCUUUAGAAAGGCUGUGGAAAAAUUCAAGAAAAUAUACUUGCCAGAUCGUAAAUUGAUGUUAGCGGUAGGACUACUUGUCCUUGUAGAUUGUGUAAUCAUCAUAGUAUGGACCAUCUUUGGACAAACCGUGGUCAAACAAGUCCCGUUGGAGAGAAAGCUGUCCGAUACUACCAGCCCUGACAGAGAAGAAUACAUCAUACCCGUGUUAUAUCAUUGUCAUUCACAGCAGGAAUUCUUUUUAAUGUGCGCCCUCUAUGGUGUCAAAGGGAGUAUUCUUGUCUUUGGUAUUUUCAUGGCAUGGGAGACAAGACACGUCAAAGUCCGAGGACUUAAUGACAGUAAAUACGUCGUCCUAUCAAUCUGUAUUGUUGGAGUCACAGUAGCCAUCGCGGUACCAACUCUGUAUUUCUUCAUAGAAAAUGCAGAUUUACAUUUCUGUUUCUACGGGAUUUCAGUCAUCUUCGCAAAUACCUCGGUACUGUGUGUCGUUUUUCUUCCAAAGUUUUAUUUGUGGUAUACGACUCGUGGGGGCGCCCUUCGCGUUACCAUGAUGGAUAUGUCUGAAUCUAGCUGCACAACCGUAACUGAAAGAAAUCGCAGGAAUGAAAUUCACACGAAGCAUAAAGAGAAACUUGAAGUUCUUACUAAUUUACUUAAGGACUAUAACAACCUGGUUUGGAGAAACGAUGGCCUUAGUCUUGAGCGCCGAAGACACAACUCAAGUACGAAACUUUCUUCAAUCUGAGCGCUGAGUUUACUCAUGAUUUUUCGUUCAGCCAGCUUGGUAUUAAUGAUGUUUAUUAUAACAAUUUCGGUCAUCGUUGUGUGGCUGUUUGAAUAUUUUACGACAUAAGUGAAAAUGACCAUGAAUACAUUAAUAGGUGCAUAAUGAUGAUAAUGUACGUAGAGGGUUGAGUUCACGUCUAGGAUUCAUUUUUUUUUUUUUUUUAACUCAGUUUAUUGAGUUGUGUGAACGGUGGUAACAUA